AUGAGCGAGAAAAUUAGAUUGUUUAUGGCUGGAUCCAUCGGCGAGACAACCCGCAAGGUGUUUAACGGAUGGUCGAGAUCGCGUCAAGAUGUUGCAUCAAUUUCAAAUAAGGAUGAAAAGAGUAGACGCAUGUCUCCCGACACGUCCUCUUCGUCAUCCACUUCACUAUCACCUUCUGUGCUACCAACGCACACAGCAUCUCCGAGAAUAUAUAAAAAGACGUCGAUCUCCCAGCUAGCACCUCAGAGACGUUCGAAUUCGCGUCAAAAAGCACAAGCACAAACUUCACCUAUAAAUAAUAUACUCUCGACAAUAGACGAUAACCUGCCUACAGCUUCUCCUUGUGGAGAUCCACCUGUCGAGCAACCUUCCACGUGCGUGGAACAGGACGAGUCAAAGGUGACGGUAACAAUCAAUGUUGUAGAUUCAUUAAAUCAGACUGAACAGUCAAUAAAUGAUGAUACUGAUAUUUCCCGAGAAAGUAACUGUCAAAUAGAAACCCUUUCCGAUAGUCACUUGAACGCGAAUACCUCCCGGUCAAGUGACCGCAAAUUUUCACCUGAACAUGUGGAAGAUCACGUUGAUUCAUGGAAUGGAUCCCGCCAAAACUCGGUUGCAAACGGAGAUGCGACUAUAGCAUCAUCCUCUGUCUCCUCAACAGACGACGUAUCACCAAUAUUACACAAAAAGAAUUCAAACUCUCGAUUAAAAGAACAUCGAAGACAAAAUUCUCGUCAAAAGGAUCAAACUGUUUUUGUCGAACAAGAAAGCGAUGAUGGAUAUCAAUCAGAUCGUAAUAUAGUUCGUCAAAAUUCAUCGGAAAACCGAACCAUUGAGAAAAAUCAUCAAGACUCAACCUUAGAUGAAUCUUUUAUAAAAUCUGGGCAUAGAAGAAGAAAGAGAAGAGCAAAGAAUUCUAAGAAUAAUAAUCAACAAAAUUUGCAACGAGAACAGCAGCGCCCCGAACAAAAAUCACAAAAACAAGGACCGUCGAAACAAGAGCUUGUGCAGCAUAAGAAUAAUGAACUAUCUAGAUCGCGCAAAUCUGGCGAUCCAGUUAGGUCAAUGUCAUAUCCACUUUGGCAGAAGCAGUUGCACGUACAUCAACAUUCCGCGCAACAACAGAAUGAACUGAACAAAUCUCUUCCAACCAGAGAUUCAGCAAAAACGUUUUGGCAAAAAUCGAUGAAUCAAAACCCGGACACUGCACUACUGCAAUCACAGCAACGUUCGGAUCAAUCACCUUACUUCAUUUCUGUCAACAGACGUAAUAGUGUUCAGACUUCAAAUACCGCAAAAGUGGAGUUGAAUAAAAAUACGGCUAUAUUCAGAGAAUCGGAAUUAUUUGCAUCAUCAUCAUCUCAUAGCGAAACUCCAGCACAAAUUGUUCAUCCAAUCGAUCAAUUGAACACCUCUAUGACCAGAUUUACCUCUUACGCAGAUGUAAUUUCUCCUCAUAACCGUCAUUCUUCUGUUACGACGAACAUCCCUCCGAAUACGAACUCAUUGACGUCAAAUGAGGGUAAAAUUACGACACCCGCACCCACUGCUUCUGUGAGAAAUGUCACCAACUGUCAAUGGUAUUCACCUUUCGGAUCGGGUCUUUCAAUUCAAUUCACACCACCUGCACCCCCCCGGGAUAGUCAUAGUCAAUUGUCAUCCUUCUCAAAAAAUUCUCUAUUUUCCUCUUCAUCAAUGUGCAACUCAUCACCAACGAUAUCCGAACGCCAUCGAUCCGUAAUUGCACCACCCCCAAUAUCUGCUCCAAAAAAUGCUUCAUCAAUGUCGAUGUUUACGUCAUCUCCCCUUUCUACUUUAAACGCGUCUUCAUCGAACAGGAAUCAGCUGAAUUCUGGGAAUACAUUGUCGACAUCACCUUCCUCGUUUAGGGGAACACUUUUCGGUAAAAAGCAUCCAAUUUUGGAUAAAGAGAAAGGUGAACUAUCUGAUCAGGAAGUGGAAGAAGGAAUAGCACAGGAAGAACAGAAUGUUGAAUCUUCGGUGGACAACAAGAGAAUAUCCAGUUUUGGGUGGACUAGUUAUAAGGAUAUUGAAAUUGCCAAGGGCUUAGUGCAAGAGGAAAUUUGUGAUCUACCAGACCCAUUAAAUUGCAGCAUAAAGAUUCAAGAAUCUGUUAACGAGGACUUACAUAUUAACCAACAGGUACCCUUAUCUAAAAGGCAACCAAGAUUUCGUGGAUUUUUUAUUCAAGACGUGGAUCAAGAAUCAGAAAAGAAAUUGGAUUCGUCUAUAACAACAACAGAACACACUAUUGAGAUGGCAAAUUCCGUCGACAUUAACGAUACAUUUAAUCCCAUCACCGAAGAGACUCAAAAAGGAAAUUCACGUUAA